AACUGUCCUAAUGUGGAUGCAAAUAGUUUUCAGACAACAUUGCAGUUGUGUUUGGUUUUUCUCUAAAAAGUUCUUUCAAUUGCAAAUGUGUAAGGAUCGGCCACAUAUGUUAGGUGUGGCAUUAAUAGGGGCUACAGACCAAACUUUGCCCUAGGACUUUCCAACUGGUUAAUCCAUUCAUGGUUUCUGCAACAGAAGUCCAAAAAAUAAUAAAAGCAUCAAUUUCACAUUUAAAUGAGUUUAUUGUCAUAGGGAAACAUGUUGGUAUCAUAAACUGAAAAUCAACAGGUGGUUAGUAGUGGUUGUAAAUGAAUUGGCUGUUUUGUGCUGGUUAACCGAGACAACCAACCAUCUGGCUUGCUUUCUUCCGUUUAGGAUUUGAUGUUUGAGGGUGUGCUUUAGAAAAAUGCACAAUUCAGCAUUUUCCUGAAUAGACAGAAAGAAAGGCUUCAACCGAAAGCUGUGGAUUGUGAUUAUUGAAAUGAAGCUGUUAUAUGAUACUUUUGUAAUCACACAGCUUGUGGGGAGAGGUUAUAUACCACAGCCUGUCCUUCACUUAUACACUAUUUAAAGGUCAUUAUAGUACUGUCAGUGUUGUUAUUAUCGCCUGUUGUGACAGAGGCGGGUCUAGGAUCGGGGCACGCGUUGAUUGGACGUGACGAACCCCCUGUGCCACGGUGCUUCCGCUUUGUGCGUAAGCGCAGGCGCAGCGACCCCUCUCUUCUGAUAUUUUAUUUACUCCCGAAACCCAAGAUGGCUCCUAUGAAUGUCUCGGUCCCAUAGCAAAUUGAGGAUGCAAGUAGCUGCCGUAGAAACAACUUUUCCCCCGCCGUCACAGCCCCUGGAGUUCAUUGCGUAUGGUGCGGAGGAGGCCCUAACGUCCGUCUAGGCACCGAGCAGCCGUCGGGGCUUCGCGAAACCGUCCUCCACCCUCCAAUUUGGAGUAGUUUCGCGAAGUAGCUCUUCUCCUCGCUGUCGCUGUCUGUCCGGAGCGAGGCUCAGGCAGGCAGCUCAUCCAAAUGGCCGAACCGAGAAAAGUGCAAUUUGUCACCCUCUCGGCCUUCGCAGCUGGAGCGGCCGCGGAGUCUAGGAAACGGCGGUUGGAGGAUGAGGCCGACUUCAACUUCGGUGAAACCGGGGAGGUCGAGGCAGCGACCGGGGCAGGGGGUGCUGCCAGCAACGGGCGUCUCGGCCAAACCGGCGAUGGGGACACGGCUGUAGCCGAGAAGAGGGUGACGGUGCGGCUCAACCUGUCCCUACCCGAGCCUGACGACCGCUCCUCCGCCGAGUUUAAUUAUGGAGAACUCAUCCAAAACCGCCAGGCGAAAAAGACAACUCAAAGUUUGACUUCUGCCAACAAUCCCAACGACCCCUUCAACGAUGACGAGAGAGUGCGGCUGCAGGUCGAGGCCCUGGCAAAAAAGUUGGAAAAUAAAUAUGGUAAUGAGGAAAAGAAGAAGAAGAAGGACAGAAUGCAAGAUUUGAUUGAUAUAGGCUUUGGCUACGACGACGCAGACCCCUUUAUUGACAACUCAGAAGCUUAUGAUGAGCUGGUUCCUGCCUCUUUGACCACAAAGCUGGGGGGGUUUUACAUCAACACUGGCACGCUGCAGUUCAGAGCUGCCUCCGACUCUGAGGGAGAGGAGGGCAAGAAGACUAACGACAACAACGAGAAUUUAAUCAAGAAGAGGAAAAAGAAGGAAGUGGACAGUUCAGAAGAGAAGAACCAGAAGAAGAAUCAACUACCUAAACAAGGAGUCACAGACCUCACCCUCCAGCGGCCUGAGAAGAAGAAGAGGAAGAAGCUGAUGAAGGACUCGCUGUACCUGGCGGCCAUGCUCCGCCGCUUCACCCGGGAGAAGGAGGACAUGAUGAAAAUGAACCCGAACGUGGCUCACCCCGUUCUGACAGGAGGUGUGGCAAACAAGCCACCCUCCAUCAACUCAACCAACCACCUGUUGGCCUCGAACUCCACCCACAACACAGCCGGCAGCGACUUCUCACUGGCAGACCUCACCUCGGACCCCGCCGUGAUGUCACUGCUGGGCUCGGCCAAUGAGAAGGAGCUGCAGGAUCUCUUAGGCGACCUGGACUUCAGCGUGUUGGAUUCUGACCAGCAGCACGCUAUGUCUGCAGCUCGGGAGAAUGGUGUUCUGGGAGUCGGGGUUCCUGGUCCUAAACCACCACCAGCAGCAGCAGCAGCAGCAGCAGGAGGGGGAGGGGGAGGGGGGGGCCAGGGGCGAGGCCCGGGUUCCUCCAGCGGUCUGUUUUCUCCGCCUCCGCUGCCGGAUGGACUGCCUGCUCCUCUUAUUAAACGCAUCGAGGACUUGCGGGCGGCCUCGCGGCAGUUUGAUCAAGAGGGCAGGAAGAAAUUCUUCACCUUGGACAUGAAUAACAUUCUCCUGGACAUUGAGCUGCAGGUCCAGGAGCAGCCUCCUGAGGUGCGCCUCGGCAUCUACUCGCACAUGGAGGCAUUUGUGCCGUGCAACAAAGAAGCCCUCCUCAAACGCCUGAAGAAGCUCAGUCUCAACAUCCAGGACGAUCGCCUACGGACGCCGCUGUUGAAGCUGAAGCUGGCGGUGUGUAGCUCGAUGCCAGAGCAGAUAGCCAGAUACAACAUGGACUGCAUGGCCAAGGUUGCAAAGCAGCAGUCAGGAGAAGGGGAAAAGAACGGCUCAGAGGAGGAAGAUGAAGAAAAGCCUGGGAAAAGGGUGAUGGGCCCACGGAAGAAGUUUGUCUGGGAUGACAAGCUCAGGAACCUGCUGUGCAGCCUGGUGCGAGUGAAGCUGAGCUGCUACGAGAUGGAGAACCAGUGCUCUCUGUCUGUGGAGGACUACCUCAAGGCCUUCUUAGAGAACGAGGUCAAACCACUAUGGCCCAAGGGCUGGAUGCAAGCCAGGUCCGUGUGUGUGUGUGUGUGUGUGUUCUUGUUUUUGUGCUUAGCUUUAAUAUGGGGAACACAUUCCUUCAUAUUGAUAAGACAGCUGUCAAUUCUCCAGGACCCGACCAAUGAAGUUAACCUCAAUACUAUAAUUAAGUUUAAAAAAAACCAUUAA